CCCUGUGAACCCCGAGAGCGCGUGGACAUGUGCUCUGUUCUUGGUGAUCUCCGGGUCGGCAGCAUCCUGUGGAGAGCCACGGUCUCGGUGAUGCGCAUCACCUGUUCAGGAAUUCAGGUUUCUCGUGUGCUUCAUCUGAGAGUUCAGCUUGGAUUGGAGCGUAACAAGUUGAAAUCAUCGCAGAAGGAUAAAGUUCGUCAGUUUAUGAUCUUCACACAAUCUAGUGAAAAAACAGCAGUAAGUUGCCUGUCUCAAAAUGACUGGAAGUUAGAUGUUGCAACAGACAAUUUUUUCCAAAAUCCUGAACUUUAUAUACGAGAGAGUGUAAAAGGAUCAUUGGACAGGAAGAAGUUAGAACAACUAUACAAUAGAUACAAAGAUCCUCAAGAUGAAAAUAAAAUUGGAAUAGAUGGUAUACAACAGUUCUGUGAUGACCUGGCCCUCGAUCCAGCCAGCAUUAGUGUGUUGAUCAUUGCGUGGAAGUUCAGAGCAGCAACACAGUGCGAGUUCUCCAAGCAAGAGUUCAUGGACGGCAUGACAGAAUUAGUGAACUGUGCUAAAUGUGACAGCAUAGAAAAACUAAAGGCCCAGAUACCCAAGAUGGAACAAGAAUUGAAAGAACCAGGACGAUUUAAGGAUUUUUACCAGUUUACUUUUAAUUUUGCAAAGAAUCCAGGACAAAAAGGAUUAGAUCUAGAAAUGGCCAUUGCCUACUGGAAUUUAGUGCUUAAUGGAAGAUUUAAAUUCUUAGACUUAUGGAAUAAAUUUUUGUUGGAACAUCAUAAACGAUCCAUACCAAAAGAUACUUGGAAUCUUCUUCUAGACUUCAGUACAAUGAUUGCAGAUGACAUGUCUAAUUAUGAUGAGGAAGGAGCAUGGCCUGUUCUUAUUGAUGACUUUGUGGAAUUUGCACGCCCUCAAAUUGCUGGGACAAAAAGUACAACAGUGUAGCACUAAAGGAACCUUCUAGAAUGUACAUAGUCUGUACAAUAAAUACAACGGAAAAUUGCACAGUCAAUUUCUGCUGGCUGGACUGAACUGAAGAUCAAUCCUCCUAAUUCAGACUGAGGGUUGAGACAAAACUUUAAGGAUACAUCUUGGACCAUAUCGUAUUUCAUUCUUCUAAUGGUGGUUUGGGCUUGUCUUCUAGUCUGGGCCGCUCUAACCAUUUAUAAUUCUACAUUGUGGAUUUCAUCUUAUAUCUGUGGACCAUCCUAGUUUAUUCUCCCAUAAGUCUUAGAAGCUUUAUGGUGAUUAUUUUGAGGUUUCCAUUCUUGCAUAAAGCACAAUGCUGUCUUCAUCAGAAAACAGUUUGGCAUAAGAAUUAAACAUGAACAUCACAAACAAUUUAUAAAAACUUCUUAAAUAUAUGCUUUGGGCUAGUUGCAAAGACUAUGCUAAUAGCACUUCCAAUGAGAGUGAUAUAUUUAAGUGUACCAGAUCUGGAAUGGUGUUUUGGUUUGGGGGAUUUUUUUUUCCUGGAAAAUCACUUGUAUUGUUGAUGUGAGUAGAGAAUCUGAUGAAAAAAAUGUCAAAAUAACCAACGUGAAAAUUUUUUAGGAUAACUUCUUGUGCCUACCUGAAAAAUUUAUUGUGUUUCAGACCCUCGAUUUCAAAAGGUCCCACAGACCUACUCUCCUUAUCUUACCUAUGUUUAUAUAUAGUUGUCCUACAGGGAGCUUUUAUUUAGAAAAUGUCUGCAUAAUGUUAGAUUCUACUGUCUACAUUCUGCAGCACAUAAUUGGAUUUCAUUAUGAUUUUGAAAUGCUUAUAUGCCUGUUGAAUAAGUUAAACUAUUUAAUUUGUUUUGAAUGUUUUAGAUUGCUACACAAUACAAUAUUCUAAAUUUAGGCAUGAGGGUUUAUUUUAUUUUUUUAGCACACCAUGGAACAAAAAUGAAAUUUUCUUAAUUUAUAAGAAGAUAGUAGGAAUUAAAUUUUGAAAAUGGUUGUGAAUGAGCCAUGACGUUCAAUCCUCAUAGGUACUGCUUUUUCAGACAAAUAGUCCAUUUUUGAUGACCUUAUUUUGUUGAAACUGCUUUAACUGCUAAUCACUGUGGUUGCCAAAUACUUCAGGAGCAAAGAUUUUCAAGCAAGCAUGCACUUGAUGCAAAAUACCAAUCUGGCUUCUAUUUUUGUAAAUUAUUCAGUCUCUACUGUUUUUGUUUCACUCAAAUUUGAUGUUUUCACGUCAAAGCAGAAUUCUAUCUUGUAUGUAUUAUAUUCAUUACAAGAUCUAUGAACUGCUUUUAUGCUGAAAAUGCUGAUUUUCCUGUUCACUUCCUAACACAUGAAGGAGGAUUUAUUGCUUUUUAAAAGAUUUCUGUAAGGUAGGUUAAAAAAUGUAAAACUUCAAAUGUUGGAUGCCUAUGGACUUUAACAGGAAUAGGUUUUGCUUGGUGUAUCCAUGCACUCUCUAAGAUCUAAUGUUGAAAUUAUCAAAGGAAUGUACUUCAGAUUAGCAGUACGUUUUAGAUGUGGAAAUGGUUUUAAGAACAAUGACAUAUUAAGACCACUUUUUAUUUACAUAAUUUUGAAGUUGACUAGGAAGGUUUCCCACAGAUCUUAUAUUAAUAUUCCAAUCAUAUUCUUCCAAAAGAAAAAUUUGAAAAUUUCUAUUCAGGUUACUGGAAUUGGUUAUUUGAAAAAAAAAAAAAAAAAGGAAGAAAAAAGAAUCCUGCUGCUUCCCUUUCAAGUAUUUCCUGAUUUCAUAUUUGUAAAUAUAAAGAGGAACUUCAAUUAUGAAAAAAUUUAAAA